AUCUAGUCUGCUUCUAUCCAACGAAGCCCAAGCACAUAAGCCCUUAGAAACUUGUGAAACAGUGUACCCACUUAAAGGUAGCCAAAGGAAAAUAUGAUUGCCAAGGUUAUCGUCGCUUUCGUCUUCACUGUCGCCACCACCGUGGGACAGCUCGGCCCUCAAGGCCAGUUCAUCAACAGGCGUCCUGGCGCCGUUGUAGCAGCUGGUGCCGGCCCUGGCGCCUCUUUGCCCGAGCCCGUCUACCCGCCGCAGCCGUACAGUUUCGGCUACGACAACGUGGACGAGUACGGCACACAGUCCUUCCACAAGGAGGAGAGCGACGCCAACAACGUGAAGACCGGAUCCUACGGCUAUCGGGACGUCAACGGCACCUACCGGAAGGUGACCUACGUGGCCGACGCCGACGGCUUCCGGGCCACCGUCGACAUGAAUGAGCCGGGAACCAUUACUGGCCACACCGCCGACGCGAUCUUCAGCUCCAAGCAGGGCCCAGUUCUGGGUGCGGCCAAGUCGGCGUCAGCUCCCGCCCCUGUAUACGCUGCUGCCGAUCGGGCUCCGUUGUCUCGGGGACAGCCAAGGCGCGUAAUCUUUACAAAUUGAUAGAGAAGCAGUGUUUGUCAUCAUGUGUGUGAAAAGUAAACGUGGG